AUGUCUACCUUCACCCCGACGACAUACACCGUCACAGACGUGUCGGCACUUCAGGAGAUCCCCGAUCGCAAAGAAACCAGCAUUCCUGUCCAGCAUCCUUUCUCCGUGUUAGACGAUGUUGUCCGACCCACUCCCUUGGUUAAUUUCCCCAUUCAUCGAGUUGAGAAUUUUAUCUUCCCCGGCAACGCUCCAGGCACAAAAGGCGGAAUCAACUACGCUAGACUCAACGAGAAAAUCACAAAUCACGAAGACGGCUAUGAGCCCAUGUCUUCAGAUGUCCGCCACUACACCCUCACCACGACGUUAGAGACCUCGGUGGGCAUCCACGUCUACCCUGCCAACAAGCCCGCGACGCAGCUAGUCAUCUUCAAUCAUGGAAACGUGCGACCAUCUCGCUACUUGAACGAGAUACUCGAGAAGCUGACGCACGACCGGACCCGCGUCGUCAUCGCUGUAGACUUUGUCGGCUAUGAUAGCAGCUCUCGAGUUCCCAACAAGGCCGGCGCCCUCGAAAUAGCCUCCAUCAUCAACGACACCGCGGCCUACCAAUACGCUACGGAUGAAUACCCCAACGUAAAGGAAGUCAUCUACUGUGGUAGAUCGAUGGGAAAUAUCGGGUGGACCCAUUGCAUUCAUUUCCCCAAGGUGACCAAGGUCGUUGCGUUGGUGCCCUUUGCAGACCUGUCCGCUGUCGCGUGGAGCUUCGUAUCCUCGAAGGUGCCUCACAUCUACCCUUUCCAGUCGCUCGCGCAAUACGGUGUAAGUGCCGUUCUGGGAGCGGUUUUCCCAAACGGCGCCCCGGUGGACGGCCAGCCGGAUGUACAGACUCGAGGAUUUUCGCUUGUGGAAACGAUUGAUGCUCUGGCUGGACCCAUGGAGGGUAAAUCGGUGCUCUUGAUGAAGGCCUCGGACGAUGAGCUGGUCCCCGACGGAGAGGCCGAGCGCUUGGCCGCCAAGCUGGAGGAGAAGGGUAUCAAGACCAAGGUCAUGGACUUAACGGGCUCGCACCAUGCUUUGCCUUGGGAUGAGAAGAACGAGGACUCGGCCCCUAAAGCAAUGGAGGAAUUUUUUGCCAAUGGACUUUGA